CUGGAAAGUCCUGUUUUACUGUAUAGGCUGGGAAAACAAAUACUAACUCCUUUUUUUUGCAGCUCCAUUGUGGACUGAAUACAUAAAUAGGCUGGUCAUUAAGUCACCAGGAUACAAAAUGAGCAAACCAAUGUCUGCGCAAGGCAUGUCCAAAAUGGAAGAGGCAAAGAAUGUGAAGGAUGAGAAUAAGCUGUACUUGCACGAGGGGAUCCUCUACUCUACAAUCAUGAGUCCCCCAGAAAAUCUUAAAAGCCUGAAGGAGCUGGAGGGCAGACCCAAUGACAUUUUACUGGUGGCCUACCCAAAAUGUGGGUUCAACUGGAUGGUUGCUGUGCUACGCAAAAUCAUGGCUGCAGCCUCUGGGCAACAAGAACUGUCUCAAAUACCUCCACUGAUGGAGUUUUUCUCUCCGGACAUGCAGAAGGUGGUGGGAGAAAUGCCCUCUCCGCGGUUACUGGGCACACAUUUGCAUCCUGAUAACAUCCCUGGCACUUUUAUUGCGAAGAAAACAAAGAUGCUGGUUGUGUUCCGAAACCCAAAAGAUACAGUCGUAUCAUACUACCACUUCAUGAACACAAACCCUGUUUUGCCUAAUGCCAAAUCAUGGGAUUCAUUUUUCACAGACUUCAUGGAGGGUGAAGUGGCUUGGGGCUCUUACUUCAACCAUGCCCUCGCCUGGGAGAAACUAAUGGACAAUCCUAACAUAUUGAUGGUCACUUAUGAGCAAAUGAAGGAGAAUCUAGGUCAGGGGGUGCAGGAGAUAUCCAAGUUCUUUGAUUUCCCAUUGACUGAAGAGCAAAUCCAGACAAUUGCAGGGCAGAGCACCUUCAAUGCUAUGAAGGAAAGUUCCAAGAACACCCAUGGAAAACAUGGCAAUGUGUUUUUCCGAAAAGGUAUUCCUUGAAGAGGUGGGGUUUCAGGUGUCUCCGGAAGGUGGUGAUUGACUCCGCUGUCCUGGCGUCGUGAGGGAGUUUGUUCCACCAUUGGGGGGCCAGAGCAGCGUACAGUUUUGACUGGGCUGAAUGUGAAUGUUGAUUGAAUGUUGAUUGAAUGAUUUGUUUUCUGCUCUUUAUUGAAAGGCUUGCCCUACUCCUAUAAAGGAAGCCCAUUUUAAUUCUUCACUUUUUUACUAAUUCAUCAAUAUGCUUUCUGAUAGAUAGCUUCUCGUCAAUCCAGAUACCCAGAUAUUUUUAGCGGGAACACAAUAAAUGUGGGCACCAUCUGAGGUACAAAUGCAUAAAUUACCAGAGCUUUUUGGAAAAUAACAUAUGCUUAGUUUUACCUGCAGGUACCAAUUUCAGUUUAACGAGGGCUUUCUGCAAAGCAAAAAGGCAGAUUGUAGCUCCAAGACAGCCUUGUCAACAGAAUGCACAACCGAAUAAUCUGCAUACAAGUGGAAGUUACAAUUACCUACAGACCAACCAAUGUUGUUUGUAUUUAUAGAAAAGUCAAAGUACAGGGACAGAAUCAACCUCUUUGGGACACUCAGUAAUAUCAAGGAAACAUUUCAAUUGGUGAGGAGGAGACUCAAACCACCCAAAACAAACAACAACUGAAAAGGGUUGUAGUAAAGGCUGUUUAAAACAUUUCAAAAUGAAUAUACAAGGAUAUUGGUUAUGUCAGUUGUUGAUGUUUUCACAGGUCCAAAAAGUUGAUCUUCGCCUUUGAUUUGUCCCCCUUGCUUUUCUGCCUAGGUGAAGUUGGAGAUUGGAAGAACCAUCUCAGUGAAGCCCAAAGUAAACAGAUGGACGAGAAGUUUGAGAAGCACCUGG